AUGUCCCGCUCCUGGCAGGAGGCACCUCGGCAAACUGGGUCACCUGAUAAUCAGAGUGGUUGUAAAGCAAAUGGCCUUAAACUGAAUCUGUCUAGUGUGCAUGAGCCUUCAAGUCGAUCAUCUUCUACAGGCAGCACUCCACUCUCAUCUCCUGUAGUUGACUUCUACCUAAGUCCUGGACCCCCCAGCAACUCUCCACUUACCACACCUACCAGGGACUACCCAGGAAGUCCGUGCAUCCCAAAGCCUGGGAUUCACAUCCUUUAUCCCAUCCCUGAAUGGCCAUCAAACGUUAACCUUCUUCCAUCACCCAGGGUUUGCUCAUCCCCAACCUCGCAGAAACUAAGCAGCCUUCCUUUGAACACCCUGCCUAAUAACCAUCCAGUUAAGACUUCAGUCUCCAAAUCAACAGACGAAGGAAGCCCUAAUCCGCCAGGAAGCUGCGAGGAGAUAGGAGAGUUGUCGUCAGCACCGGAGCACUUCCCGUACUUCCAGAGCAACUGUGCUUUUUCCAGUCCCUUUUGGAAGGAAGGCUGCUCGCUCAGCACGUCACCAGCUAAUGUUGGUGCGCACAGGAAGGACAAAGGGCUGGACAGGAGCUUCUGUCAUCCUAAAGACAAAGAAACUUGCCAUGAUCAGAAAAGCCUUAACCAGGGCUCCUUCAGCUACAUCUGUGAGAGGCUUGAACACCUGCAAGCUGAUGGCUGUGAUGCUGUGGAAAGCCCGCCCGUCUCCAGCGCUCACGCGUGGCAUAAGCUCUCCCCCGCCGUCCCACGCAGCCUCUUCAGGAGCCGGAAAGCGGAUGGGUGGCCGUUCAUGCUGAGGAUUCCUGAAAAGAAGAACAUGAUGUCGUCUCGGCAAUGGGGCCCUAUUUACCUUAAUGUUCUAGCUGGAGGCAUACUGCAGAUGUAUUAUGAAAAGGGCCUGGAGAAACCUUUCAGGGAAUUCCAGCUGCAGCCACACUGCAAGCUGUCCGAACCCAAAUUAGAGAGCUAUAAUGUCUCGGGAAAAAUCCAUACCGUGAAGAUCGAGUGCGUGACUUACACAGAGAAAAGGAGGUAUCAUCCCAAAGUAGAAGUGAUCCAUGAGCCAGAGGUUGAGCAGAUGUUAAAGCUGGGCACCACAGAUUAUAACGACUUCACCGAUUUCCUUAUAACAGUUGAGGAAGAGCUUAUGAAACUUCCUACUGUUUCUAGACAAAAGAGAAAUUAUGAAGAGCAAGAAAUGACUCUGGAAAUAGUGGAUAACUUUUGGGGAAAAGUCACUAAGGCAGAAGGAAAACUCACAGAAAGUGCUGUCAUCACGCACAUUUACUGCUUGUGUUUUGUGAACGGAAGUGCCGACUGCUUUCUAACCCUGAAUGACCUGGAGCUUCAGAAGAGGGAUGAGCAUUACUUUGAGAAGGAGGAGGAGAAGAAAUGGAUUGAUAUUCUUGAUUGCCAUUUCCAUAACUGUGUCAAAGUGCAGGAAUUCGAGCAAUCACGAAUUAUUAAGUUUACACCCCCAGAUGCCUAUAGGCUGGAACUGAUGCGUUUCAGGACACGAUAUAAUCGGCAAGACCUUCCCUUUUCUGUGAAGGCUAUGGUAGUGGUUCAGGGGGCAUAUGUUGAACUUCAGGCUUUUAUAAACAUGUCUUCAACUGCUCCGAUCCCAACACGUUUACCUUCUGUGAAAUACUGUGAGAACGUUAUGAUACGCUUUCCCGUUCCCACACAGUGGGUCAAAGCACUUUGGACCAUGAACCUCCAAAGGCAGAAGUCCCUAAAAGCAAAAAUGAAUAGGAGAGCGUGCCUUGGCGCUUUACACGAGGUCGAAUCUGAUCCCAUAAUACAAGUCUCGGUUGGAACAGCAAAAUACGAGAGUGCCUACAGGGCUGUUGUGUGGAAGAUAGACAGGCUUCCAGAUAAAAACUCAAGUUCAGAUCAUCCACACAGCCUGUCUUACAAACUGGAACUGGGAUCAGACCAGGAAAUCCCAUCUGACUGGUAUCCAUUUGCUACUGUCCAGUUUGUCGUUCAUGAUACCUGCGCCUCAGGGACAGAAGUCAAGUCACUGGGCAUAGAGAGCGAUGUGCAGCCCCAGAAACACGUGGUUCAGAAAGCCUUUUACAAUUGCCAGCCUAAACUAUACAAGUCCAUUAUUGAAGAUGUGAUCGAAGGUGUGCGGGAACUCUUUGCAGAAGAGGGUUUAGAGGAACAGGUUCUGAAAGACUUGAAGCAGCUUUGGGAAACCAAGGUGGUGCAGUCUAAAGCAACAGAAGGCUUCUUCAGCCAUAGCCACCGUUGUCCACAGUUUACCCUGCAGUUGCCGCAAAAUUUUCACCGUGUUCUGCAGGCUUCAGCAGCUUCUUUAGUUAUCCCAACUGGCAGAGGUUUUCAGCAUUUCACAGCAGCAGGCCUGGGUGCUUCACGAGCAGGUGCAACUCUUGCUCUCCCUUCGGGCAUUGCUUAUCCUGUACAUGUACCAGCUGGAGUGACGCUACAGACAGCAUCUGGGCACCUUUAUAAGGUAAAUGUGCCUGUUAUGGUUACCCAGGCCCUGGGAGAUGCAAGUAUUCUACAUCAUCCUGUUCAGCAGAUACUUCAGCCCCUUGGGCAACCUUCAGUUCUGCAAGCCAGCAUUGCUGGUGUUGCACAGGUGAAUGCAUCUUCUGCCCAGGCAGAUGCUGAAACAUUGCAACCUCGGGAGACUGCUGUCCAACAAACCAUGGCAUUUCAACCAAAUGUCAUGGAAAAAAACCACCUGGAGAACUCUGCCAAUACUACACUGGUCCAGCAGCCUUCUGUGAGUCAGCAGGAACCUAAUGUAGCGUUGAAUCAGCAUGCAGACUCAACAGAAAAAUCCCAGCACAGCAGUCUUCAUACAGCUGUGUUUACUCCAGAAUCCUCUGAAGGGUUUUCUCCCCCUGAAUCCUUGGCAAACAACUCGAGCAGUGUGCUGCUGGAUGUGGAGGGGCAGUUAGACAUUGAGCCUCAGGAGUUGGUGCAACAGCAGGUGUCUGAUGAUAUCAUUGACCUGAUUAUCACGGGCAAAAGUUUGGAUGAUAACACUGUUCUGAAACAUCAGGACAGCAUUGCUUCAUCUGACAAGACAGAACCUACUGAGCAGAUGGAAUCUAAUUUACGAUCAGAGAAGGAUAUCUGCAGUGACAUUGAAGGCAUAAUUCAGCUAGAUGGAACUGGUGAUCUUCCUCCCAAGGAAGAAAUACAACAUACAAAAGAUAGCGAAGAGAAUGAGUUCAUUGGCAUUAUUGAAUCAGAGGAUCUAAAAGUUCUGGAGGAUGAGGAUGAGGAAGACGAUGAUGAAGAACGUGACAGUAUUUCAAACACAGAGUCUAGCAGCAGUGGUGGUGAUAAUGAAGAGCCCCAAAUAGAUAUAGUUGAAGAGGACCCGCUAAAUUCUGGUGAUGAUGUCAGCGAACAGGACACUCCAGACUUGUUUGACACCAACAAUGUGAUAGUUUGUCAGUAUGACAAGAUACAUCGAAGUAAGAACAAAUGGAAGUUCUACUUAAAAAAUGGAGUGAUGUCCUUUGAUGGUAAAGACCAUGUUUUCGCAAAAGCUAUUGGAGAUGCAGAGUGGUGA